AUGAUUUGUCUUCUGCUAGUUGCAAUUACCCUGCUGAACAAACAAGUGUACUCCGCAGCCAGGCCUGACUUUGAUCUACACCACAGAGUCAGAAGAGGCGACUUUUACGGACCCAACGGCCUGGGAGCUGGAAAUGGCGGCCUGGGUGGCUACGGUGGUACCUACGGAGGCCUGGGCUUGACUGGAAGUUCGUUUAAUCCCGUGCUGUUCCAAGGAGCUGCAGUGGCUGGAGGUUUCGCUAAAGAAGCUUACAAUGCCAAUCAGGCUUCGUUAGCAUCAGCAGAUGGGCUGUUGAGUGGUGGAUCGUUCGGAGUUGGAUCUUACGCUGGAGCCAUCGCCAACGCAGCGGCUGCAGGUGCAGCUGCUGGCAACAAACAUAAAGGAGGAUCGUCGUUGUCUUACGGCCGUCGUUAGAUUGGAUUGAAUAUUCUUGUAUCGAUAGCACAAACCUAUUAUCUACCAAUAACCUCUGCAUAAUGUAACACGGUUAUCAACGAAUACACUUAAUUACUAUGAGAA